ACGUGGCAGAAUUACUGCAGGAUCAUAUCCGUGGGGAAAGAGGUGAAGGGGCCGUAUGACUGAACUGCAUUUUCCAACCGUGUACACACUAUCUGUCUGGAGCAGACCACAGGAGCUCAGAGCAGCCUUGCAGAUGGGUUAGGGUGCCCUGGAGAUCUCUUCUGGCCUCCUGUAAAUUCUACAAUAAGACAAGGAGCAUCUUCCCUCCCUUCCCCCUUCUUUCCCCACGCCCCCAUAAACAAUCCCUCCUUUCCCCCAUCCUUGCUCACAUGAAGCUUAUCACCAUGGAAGCCUCAUUCAGUUUGCAUCUCACUGAACUUGGGCUUCACUGCUGCAGCAUGUUGUAGUGAAGUACAAGGUGGUUACACAGCAAGAGAGUGAAAGCCUGGAUGGAGCCUUCGGAGGACACUUGCUAACUUCAUUGCACAGGGUGCCUGUGGAAAUCCUGCAGCUGAGAGAUCUGCAGCUGGACCCAUCAUACUUCACCAUCUGGGCUAUUGAAUUUAAUUAAAGAAAAAUGACCCAGAGACUCUUAGGAAAACUUUAUACUCUGGAACAAUAUUCACGCAAAAGACUGGCCAAACAUGCAAAGGUUGAAAGCCCAGGGCUUGGGAAAUUGCAGCUAAAGCCAUUUGUGACAACCCCACUGACAUUUGAAUUUAAAGAGGAUUAUGAUAUACCCAGUGCUAGAACAAUAAAUAUUUCCAGGUUUAAACCUGCGCUGCAGUUUUCAGAAGAUGAACAGCUCUUUAGACAUCAGCAAAUAAGUCCUAGCAGGCUUAAAUCUGUGAUCCCAAGACUGGCGGCUAGAAAGAGUCACUCUGGCAAACCAACUGCAAGGCCAUUUAGUGCUCCAGAUACCUUGCAAGCUAAAGCAUGUCAUCAGAAAGAGAAUCUGUACACGUUAAAGGAUUUUAUUUCAUUAAAACUAAACCAAAAAGUAAAACCUGCUAGUCUUAGACCAAAAGUUCACAGAAGACCAAAGUGGAACACGGAGGUUGAAAAUGUUCUGAAGUUGGAUGUCCUCUGUCAGCAAGAUAGCCAAGCCCAUUUACCGUCUACUCUUGACCAUAUGGACACUUCUCAUUGGUGCCCUCCUAAAAGUGCCAGUAGUCAGAAUGAAGAGUCAUUUCUAACAGCUUUGAUGGGGGACAAGAUAGCGCAAUACAGUAUUUAUGGGGAAGCUGGCAAAUUCGUUGCUCAACAGCUAGAGAGAGACAAUAAAAUCAGAGUCUGUGUAAAUGGCCAUUUGCCAUUAGAUGGUCUGAAAGAAAGAAAUGAAGCUCCCCUGAAAGAAGAUGUUUUUAAUCUUGAAGAAACAGAAAGGAAGAAUAAUUUUCACCUGUCUAAAUCUGCUUCAGAAGAAAAGAAAAACCUCAUCUCCUUGACUAUUGAGGAUGAAAUGGAGAAACCAAAUGCCAAAAUAAUCAAUGUGGGCUCUCCGAAAGCAAAAUCUGCCAGGCCGGUGGUGAAAGUGAGUGAAACAUACCCCAUCAUUUAUGCUGAAGAAGGAUAUAUGCAAAACUUUAUUCUGAAGAAGUGGUUGCAUUUACAUGGAGAUAAAGUGUCUGAUGACUCAGAAAAGGAAAAUGAUGAGCUAAUAUUAAAUCACAGGCACUUAAAAAAAGGAAGAAAAGACUUUCAGCAGGAUAGAUUGUCUCCAUAUGGGAAGUGUUUGGAACUGAAAUGAACACAGGAGAUUUUCAUCAUGCUACUUAGAAGAUAUCUUACCAGCCGACGCUAAAUUUACACAUUGUGCUCAGACCUGAUAGUUUGAACUUCUGAAUAGACAUGCAAUUUCAUUCCUAUAACUCUUUCAGUAAGCAACAUGUAAGAACCCCACACUUCCAAUCAUUAGAUGCCUAAAUGGUGAUGCAAGUCCAUGGGCCCUUGGCUUUAUCUCCUUACAUUGCUAGAGUACAUGCAACAUAGCUGAGCACCUAAUUUGGUUUCUGAACUGAGCUAAUGUGUUUGUACAUGUAAACCCUGUAUUUGUAAUGCUUUGCCUAUAAAUGA